AUGAGAGAAAUCGUCACUUUGCAGCUCGGACACCUGAGCAACUACGUUGCCACGCAUUUCUGGAACACACAAGAGUCAUAUUUCACAUAUUCAGAUGCAGAAAAGCCGCUUGUUGACCAUGAUGUCCACUGGCGUACCGGUGUUGGCGCGGAUGGGUCGGACACCUUUCUACCACGAACCGUCGUGUAUGACCUCAAAGGUGGAUUUGGCUCCCUAAGAAAAAUCAAUGCUCUGUACGACGUUGAUCCGGAUGCAGACGCAAUGGCGAGUGCCCUCUGGGCCGGCAAAUCAACUGUGCACAAGCAAGAACCUAUGCAACAGAGUGCCUACCUCCAGAGCCUUGAUGCGGGAAGCAAGCCGGAUAAGCUGUCAAAAUCCAACGUUCGCUACUGGUCAGACUUUUCGCGGGCGUAUUACCACCCCAAGUCGCUCAACCAACUAUACGACUAUGAGCUUCACUCGUCGAUCCAGCCGUUUGAGCGCUUUGACAUGGGCAAAGAGCUUUUCCAUACCCUGGACAAGGAACAAGACAUUGUUGACCGGGAUUGGCGUCCAUUCGUGGAAGAGUGUGACCAUAUGCAGGGCAUCCAGGUCCUUGCCACCAUUGACGACGCCUGGGGCGGAUUCGCGUCGUCUUACCUUGAAACGCUGCGCGACGAGUACCCCAAGCAGUGCAUCUGGGUCUGGGGCCUCCAGAGCCCGCUGCUCGAUAUCACCCGCGAGAAGCGCCGGCUACGCCUCACCAAUGCCGCGCACAGCAUUAGUGAGAUUUGCCAACAGGCGACGACGUUUAUACCAAUGUCGCUCCCCGAGCACCACUUCCCGCGCUCGGUUAGAGUCGACUGCGGCUCGCCGUGGCACACAUCGGCGCUGCUCUCCGCCGCAAUGGAGAGCACUACGCUGCCGUCGCGGCUCCUUCCCCAGUCGGGUCGCGGCUCGCAGCGGGUGUCUCUGGAUGAUAUCUCGCAAAUCGUCAAUACGAACGGCACGCAAACCCUUGCCGGGCUGCGAAUGGGACUGGGAGCCAAAGAUGCUGGGUCAGAAGAGGCCGAAAACUUUGACAUUGAUCUCUUUGGAAUCGGACGCAUGGACAAGGAUGGCCUGGACCGCCAGAAACGCAUAUUCGGCAAGUCGAUAUCGUCGCGCGGCGAGGUAGAUGCGAACGAUGACGCGGAUGAGGAUGAUCAAAAGGAAUCCAGGCGCCGCAUCGGUGACCCUGUGGUGAAGAAGUUCAGUACCCCCCUCAAGUUCCCCAUGCUGGACAGCUACCCCGACAUCUUCCCCGACGAGGCCGACCAAGAGAGUGUCCGCCUUCAGACGGCGCUGUUCACCGACCAGAGCAUCUCGACGCGGAUGAAAGCGCUGAAGACGCAGGUAACAUGGGCCGUCGGCGUCGAGGAGAGGGAGCUACUGUCCAACUCUCUAGCUGAGAUUGGCGACGAGUAUCAUGACGAUUGGUCGAGUGGGAGCGACGACGGCGAGGAUGAUUAG